UCACCAAAGCAUCUCUCACAUUGCUUCAUGCCUGACUGGAGACAGUACCCACUAGCACCUAGUUUAUAUCAAGACAGAGAGUGUUUACUCUCUAAAGAGAGGAGGGUGGGAAUUGAAAGAAAUUGAAAAAGGAUGGGGUUUUUUCAGCAACUGAUCCAUAGCAAAUAUGACCUCCAGCAUUCUUGUAGCUACUUAUUCCUUGGAGUGCAUUUCUAGCAUGCCUUAUAGUAAGACGUCCAUAUGAGCCAGGGGAUUUUCAUUGAUAGCUCCAGUGUUAAAGAGCUUUUAUCGUGGGCUGAAACUUGAGAACUAUGACCGGUUACCCGAGCUCCAGAGAGAUGACUUUCCGCAGGCCAGCUGCCCACCUACGAAGAGCUCCGAGUUGGAGGAAAUCAGGAGAUGAGUCGUCCUGGGAGCGCUUCAUAACAGAGGAAGAGGUUUCGCCCCGGGAUUCUCGAUUCCCACGCGCAGCUCGGCCCCAGAGUGCCAUUGAAGGUGGUAACCUGGACGGAUGGCUGGAGCACCUCCAGAGGAUGCAGAGCGACCUCCGGAGAGCCCCAGUUCAUGAUCAAGUUCCUGUCUUCAAUGACCGGACGACUUCCAUGCCUGCACUCAACAAAGAGACGUCAACACGUGCCUGGAUUCCUUCUUUCAGCAGGGGUUCAUCUUCAUGCGGAAGCCAAAGUCUGUGUGAGAGUUCACUUGGCAGCCAGGAGUCCCUCCAAACUGGGUUUUUUUCCCGUCCGGAGCGCAGAGGUAGCUGGGAGAGAGCUCAUAUCAUGCAGUCCCCAAAGAAGGAACAGGCACAACUCAGUUCUAUUUCUCCGGUUAAAAUUGGUUGGCUGCCAAUCCAAAGAAGAGUGAUAAUUGCUGAUAAUCGCAACCAAAACCAGUUUUCGGACCCCUCUGUUAGCCAGGUAAAAUUGAAACAACCCAUCACUCCAACAAUUCAGAAGAAUCAGGCACCUGCCAUCCAACCUACAGAUGGAGAGGUGGAGAGAAGUCACAGCAGUCCCAGUGCUUGGGGUGUGAAGACGUGGCAGACACCUGAUCAAGGCUAUCACUUAAUUAAACAGGUGCCAGAGAAGCAAAGCUUUCCCACCAACGAAGUCAACAGAUCUGUAGGCUGGCCAGCUCUGAGGAGAGGCUGGAAUACCAACAGGGUUUCAGCUUUCCCCGGGGGAAGUCAGUCCACAGAGACCAGCUCGGACCCCAGUGGGAGGUCUCCUCUGAUUAAAACAAACAGCACAGAGCGCUUCAAGCAAACUCCUCUGUGUCGAACAACCGCUGCUGAUCUCUGCAAACCACCGACUCUGCUGCAAGCGUCAAACAGUACAGAGCCAUACAAGUCAUGUUCUCCUUUGCAUAGGACAAGUAGUGGUCAGCCCUUUAAGGCAACAGCAAGGCUUUGUACAACAAACAGUGGCUCUAGUGUGACUGAAAUCGUCCCUCAGAGCAAAGCCAGCUUCUCUUCCAUCACCCUCUCCUCCAGGAAGGUGUGCAGAUCGGCCAGUUUGCCAGGGUCGGAUACCCGCGAGAACCCGCCCAAAUCUCACUAUUCCCCUCCUCUAUCUGACAAAUCCAUGGACCCAAACUCCAGGCAGGUAACCGUGCAGAGGAAGGCCACGAUAGUCAAAGUGACGGAGCAAAGGAUGGUUUCUGGCCCUGCCAAAAAUGCAAAGACACCACCCGCUAGCCAGGCUUUGGACACAGUGGUCCAAAGACGAAAGGCUACAAUCAUUAAAGUGACAGAGCACAGGGAGAGCUAUACUCGAGGCAAAGUAGGGGCAAGGAACCCUGAGUUUAGACACAGCUACACAGACGGACUGUACAAAGAAAACAGCAUGUGGAGUCAGGAAAACCAUUCAAAGCACAAUGCCACACCUUCGUAUCCCCAACUGGAUUCAACAAAGACGCUAAACUCUACUGUAGCACAAGACACGUCCACUUCAGAACCAGAGAAAAACGGUGGAACUCUGCACAGAUCGACUCUGAGUCUAUUCGUGAGCAACCCCCCUGCUAUAGCAGCCCCUGCUACCUCAGAGGUUUCUCUAAGGGCUGUUGGACGGAGAUCGGACAGGCCACAAAGACCACAGAGCUGCUACGGCAAUGUGUUUGGACAUUCUACAACGCGUGAGGUUGAUGUGACACAACCAGUUGCCAGGAAAUUAAGCUUUGGGCUUCCACUAGAGACAAAAAUCAACCCUGCAAACUCAGACGGCCCUCGGACGGCAGUGAAAAAAACAGGUCAGCUAGAGGCAAAAACCUUUGAGCCAAAUGGAAACGAGAAAGACGAUAGAUUGCCGCCAGAGAAUGCAGUGAGGAGAGCGUCCCCCUGUCUAACUCUCAUCAAGGCCCCCGAUCCCGACUCAACUCAGUCUCCAGAGGAAGUGCUUGCCCUCAAUGCAGCUGCCAUCAUCGCAAAUAUCAAACUCCAAAGACAACUCAGUAGGAAGAAAACACCAAAUGGAAAUACAGAGAAGGACUCCACGGCAUCACCUCAGGGGAAUACGGUGACAGAUAAGGAGACAUGUAUGGAGCCACGUCCAGAUCAAAGCCCAGUCCAGCACCACAACCAGACUCAUGAUGCAUUUGUUCAAUUGAGUCUGGAGCCUAAAAGGUCACCUGAAACUAUUUCUCUACAGGAAGCACUGCAGAGGUCCAGACCGGACUUCAUCAGUCGUUCUCAGGGCAGAAUGCAAGAACUGGAGCGGAGGUCACAGGAGAGAAAGGAGCUGGCAGAUUCAAGAGGUCUACAGUCUGAUGCUGCUCCCAGGCAGAGGAGAGCCCCCAGUGCCCGGUCCACCUCUAUGAAGGAUAACCUUUUCAAAGCCAGAGAUAGAGCCAUUACCGGGAAAGAGAUGCAGCCCAGAUCUAAGCGAACGACUACAGAGGUGAAGAGGAAAAAAGAGGAAGAGAAGAAAAGGGAGGCGGUUUUGAGCAACAAACAGCGGGCUGAACUUUUCAAAAAGAAGCUGUUGAAUCGAAUUCUUCAGAGGGACAACUGCUGAAUGAUUGACAACAGAAGCAGUUGCUGAUGGUAAAAGUGAACAUUGACCUUUGACGUCCCUGAAAAUGAACUGAAACAUCUGCAUCUGUGGCUUUUUUUCUUCUUCUUCAGCCUUGUUUAUUCCUCCCAUUUACAAGCAUUAUAUAUUCAAGUUACGGAGCUUGACAUCUGUUUUUUUCCGAUUGACAAAUCCGAGGUACUCUUUCAAAAAAACUCAAAAGUUUAUGCGACAACAACAACUUUGCACUGUUUUGAAGGUUUUCUCAGAACCUUCGAAAGACAUUUCUGCCCAUCUGGAUAAAAAAAAUAGAAUAUUCUGAUGGCUUUAGGCAAAACAGUCCUCACAGAUUGUCAAAUUACCAUCAGAUAGUUUUUUGUUAAAUGGUUUCUGAGAAAUUCAUCUUUGGGGAAAAACUGACGCUUAUCUCUGGGACUCAGCUGUCCUGGCUGCCUUUUUGGUUUGCAAUUACGAAUGAAGAUGAUCAAACACAAUGCACUGAAUGAAAUCAUGUCUUAACAUCCUGCCUUUGUGUAAUCUCAUAUCAAUUCGAGCGCACUGUCCGAACCCUUUUCUUUGGUGACAACAUCUAAAACCGGUAACGUAUGCUGUUUAUCUGCGUUAUCUGGUUUUCACUUGAUUGCAAAUUGCCUUUUUCUUUCCAGAAUACUUCCCAUAAUGAGAUGCAGAGUAACCCCUCGCUGCAUGAUACCGCACUGAUGUCCUCAUGCAGCCAAUUUCACAUGAUCUCAUGUGAUGUGAAGCAGUGAUAUAAGACAGAAUCAUUCAUUAUGCCUCACAGGGUCUCAUCCAGGACAGUCUACAACUGCCGUUCUCAUUACACAAGCACAGAGCAGGAGGAAGCCCUGAAGUGGGCUUUGCCAUCACUCUCUGCCAGCUAUUAGCUGCAAGAUGGAGGAAUGUGACCCCUGCUCACUGGAAAUGCCCCGUUAUUGGAGAGAGCUGAUUUGAAAGGAGCUUUUGUCUCUGUCUUUGUCUAUGAUGGACCAGAGCCUGUCAUUGCAGAUUUAGAUGUGUGCCCUCUGAUCCUGUCCUCAGAGUGAAGCUUUAAAAUAAGAUGGAACUAGGCGUAAAUCAAAAGUGAGAUGUGUGAAUAUUUAUUUGUGGAACAAUAGAAAACGGAGCAGUCAUUGUUGUCAGUAUUCUUGAUUGUUUUUUGUUUUUUUUACUCGUUAGCCUUUCAUUUGGAGUUAUUUCAUAGUCCAGCUGUUCCAUCAUCCAUCUAAAUUUGCACUGAUGUCAUUGGCCGACAGAUGACAGAUAACGACUGUUCUUUAAAUUGUAUUUCAAGUUGUGUGCGUGUGUGUGUUUUGGAUGGUAUGAAAGUGUUUAUAAUUGAUGGUUCAUACAUCUUUUCUUUCUAUCUUAAAUUAGACAUUUUUGUACUAUAAAGUAAAACAACACAUUACUGAGGCUUGAAAAUGGUUAUUUAAUGUCGGAUGGCAGUCCUUAUUGUUUUUCUCUUAUAAGCAUAGCAAUGUCACGUAAAAAAUAAAAGAGAACUUAGCUCUGUAUAUUUGUUUUAUUUGAAUUGAUGUGUGCAUUUU